CCACCAAUAGAAGCAUUGGCAGCGUUCAACACCCAUUUUUGAGGUAUUGAGCUAUAAAACCGGCUCCAUGCCUCCUCCACCUCAUUCCUGCUAAUUAAUCUGCUGCUGCUGCUUUUUGGACCAAACGCUGCUCUGAAUAUUACCUGAGGAUGGAUGACAAGACGUUCUUGGUUAAGAUGAACGGGAACGGAGUCCUCGGCAAAACCGCGCUCAACGCCAAAACCCUGGGGGGGGCCGUGGUCAACGGGAGGGGGGUGCUGGGAAACGGCAUCAACCACGUCAGCAUGAACGGCAGCUUGUACCCGGCCAAGGUGAAGAGCCGCCGGCAGAGGUGGGAGGUGAAGCCCUCAGAGAUGGCCAACAACACGCUGAACCCCAUCAGGAGCAUCGUGGACGAGAUGAAGCUCACACCCAACAGGGACAAGCCCAUGAUCGCCCUCUCUAUAGGGGACCCCACGGUGUUUGGGAACCUGCCCACAGACCAGGUGGUGCUUCAGGCCGUGAAAGACGCCGUAGACUCGCAGAAAUACAACGGCUACGCUCCCUCUGUCGGUUAUCUGAAGAGCCGACAGGCCUUGGCCAACUUUUACAGCUGCCCCGAGGCUCCACUGGACGCUGAGGACGUGAUCCUGACCAGCGGCUGCAGUCACGCCAUCGACCUGGCGAUCAGUGUCCUGUGUAACCCCGGGGACAACAUCCUGGUGCCCUGCCCCGGCUUCUCCUUAUAUAAGACUCUGGCCGUCUCCAUGGGCAUCAACGUGAAACUCUACAACCUGCUGCCGGAGAAGUCGUGGGAGGUGGACCUGCAGCAGAUGGAGAGCCUGAUCGACGAGAGGACUUCCUGUGUGAUCGUGACCAACCCGUCCAACCCGUGUGGCUCCGUCUACAGCAAGGAGCAUCUGCAGAAGAUCCUCAAAGUGGCCUCCAGACACUGUGUUCCUAUUCUGGCCGAUGAAAUCUACAGCGAUAUGGUGUUACCCGGCUACAGCUGUCCGUCCAUGGCGUCCCUCAGCAGUGACGUCCCCGUCAUCUCCUGCGGGGGUCUGGCAAAACGCUGGCUGGUCCCCGGCUGGAGGAUGGGAUGGAUCCUCAUCCACGACAGGAAUGACAUACUUGGAUCUGCGAUUCGUCAGGGGCUGGUGAAACUGAGCCAGCGUAUCCUGGGAGCCUGCAGUCUGAUCCAGGGGGCGCUAGAGGGCAUCCUCAAUAACACGCCUCAGAGCUUCUACAACAACACCAUCAGCUUACUAAAGUCUAACGCAGAGAUCUGUUUCGAGGAGCUGUCCUCUGUCGCCGGCCUGAACCCCGUGAAGACCUCAGGAGCCAUGUACCUCAUGGUGGGGAUUGACAUGGAUCACUUUCCAGACUUUAAGAACGAUGUGGACUUCACUGAACGUCUGGUCACUGAACAGUCGGUGUUCUGUCUCCCUGCCUCUGCGUUCGAGUAUCCCAACUUCUUCCGCAUCGUGUUGACGGUGCCGAAGGAGAUGAUGGUGGAGGCCUGCAGUCGGAUGCGGGAGUUCUGCCUGUGCCACUACCGGCCCAGCAGCCGCGGCAGUGGCCACGAUCUGGACCAGUGAAGAGGACCAGUGGGCCUGAGGACGGACUGAACCACGGACACACACACACUCAUCGUGUUUAAUUCAAACCACAGACGGAGGCUGAUCAUGAAAAGUUAGAGAAACAGAGGCUCAGUAGAAAUCAGGUUUGUUUUCAGAGCCUUGAAUCCUCCAUGAAGACGAAGGAGAAUAAAUCCACACGUGUCCCAAUGUAAACUGAGAUCA